AGGUAUGUUUCCUGUAAUUUAUCAAAUAAUAAAAAACUCUCCUAGACAACAUUUCUUCCUUUCUCUGCAGACCGGUUGUAUCAUUGCACCGUCGAUAGCACGUAGCAGGCGCCUCUGCAACUCCCGCCGUUUAAUUGCUCAUUCAUAUGGUCUCCACUGGGUGUGUCGCCAUACAGUAGUCUGGGCCAGCCUUUGCGGUUUCAAGGGUCCUGUCGCCUAUGCGGCUCAGAGCCUUGGCGUGUUGCUUCGGUCUGCAGGCAACUAAAGAUAAGGAUGCAGAUAAACAUGCUGAGGCCGCCGUCACCUCUUCGAGUUGUAUCGCUACGCGCGAAGCAGUGGAGGCAAGCACGGCAGCUGCCCGGCUGGAUACGCCCUGGACAGUUUGCUUGGAUACGGCGUCGACUACCAUGCUUGCUACAAGCACUAGUCCUUUGGCAAUUUUAGCCCUCAGGUUUGAAGCUUCCCUUAACGGGCUGGACGACGCCUCGCUUAUGUCAUUUCUGGAGUGUGUCUAUCUCAAUGCCGCCCUUCAAGGCAAGAUGGGAGCUACCAGCCCACAAGCAUAUUACCACCUCUUGUUCAAAGAGAUGGCAAACGCGGAGACGAACCUUUUGCUGGAGGUUCGCGAGGCAAUGCGUAGCCUUUACGGUCCGACAUGCCACACGCCUUUGCUGGCAGUUGCCAGCGUGACAGCAGGCCUUUCAGCGACGCCAGUCCAACAUCCUUCCUGUCACCAACCGGUACCACGGCCUCCCAACGUAGCCGCUUCCACGUAUGAUGACGGCGGUGUCGUGUCAGAUGGCUUCGCAGAAAGCUUCAGCAGCAAUCCUGACGACUUCACUUACGGCCAUCCCUACAGCCAAUACCGUCAGUCCGGUUUUGCAGGCCUCGAGGGACUGCGUCUGCAUCCCUGCUGGGUCUACCAAAGCUCCCACAACACCAGCCCCCGUCACCGCCGGCCCGGCGUAAUCCUUUGGCACCGCCAACCCCUCAGCUGGCGGCACAGUCGCGCCGUGGCCCUACGCAGCCUGUCUCUGCUGUCCCACCUCGAUUCGGCUGUUACCCUGAUAUCAUCCUCCGGACGCGUCGUAUACCAAAACGCGGCCUCGCGCCGCUAUCAUGGCCACCUACUGGGGCGUCCGCAGGGGCCUUCUGCGACACCACAGAUCAUUGGCGCGGGCGGUUCCGCUGGCGGCGACGACAGCCCAGCUGGCGUCACCCUGACGGGGCCGGACAUGCCCUCGCCGUUAGCCGGUGAACCGGGUACACCACUACGCGACCUGCGCGUGUCGUACCUGCUACAGCGGUUAUUCAGUUGUGACGUACAGCACCUUGCGGACGACAUGUUGCGUGCAUGGGCGGCUGGUCGUACCUGGAAGAGGCUGUUGCAUGUACCGCCGCCAGUUGGGCCAUUACACGGCAGCCGAGGCAGGGUGACGUCACCGCCGGCUGCUGCUGCUGCGGCUGCUGCGGCGGCGGCGCAAGCGGUGUGUUGCCGUCAGCAAGUCGGACCUGCUCCUCUAUUACUACCGCAGCACGACGAUGCCCAAUGGACGUCUCCUAAGUCAGCGGUGACGGCGGCGGUGGUGACGGCUGAGAAGGGUGUGUGCAGUGGAGGGGAGGGGCCUCCUGCUGCUGCUGCCUCGGGCUUGACGGAGGCCCUGCUAGCCAGCAGGGAAACGCCGACCGGUGACACUGGCAGCGCCAGAACGCGCAAAUCAGCACCCGAAGCCUUCGCGGCUUCCGGCGCGUCUGUCGGCAUCGCCGCUGCCAUGCGAGGGCUACUGUCGACCGUACCUGACGUCAUCUCAGCCGUGGACGCGAGUAGCAUGGCGGAUGGCGGCGCCGGCAAUGGCCACGCGCACGGCCAACAGCAGACGCCCGGCGACACUAGCCCAGUCCACUCUCCCAAGCGCUUGCGCGGCGCCUGCUAUCCACUUCCUGCAGCUACGGUGCGUGCAGUGUUUGGCCGCUCUCGAAAGCCGCCGCCGCCGUCGCCUCUGUCACGAUCCUCUGCAGGCGUCCCACAACCCCCAAUACAACCACCACAACAGCAGCAACAACAGGAGCGGCUCCAAGGUCCACAGGCGCAGAGCCGCUGCUUGGGCCCUGCCCCUGCUGGCCAUCAACCGCAUCCAUCCACUGCAACACUGGCCUCCUCUUCCCUCCACUUGACAAUACGGGUGCCCCAGCAGCAGCAGCAGCAGACGUCGCCAGUCGUUACACCAGCGGCGGCGGCGGCGGCGGUGACGACAACGGGGUCGACCAGCUCCGAGCCCCGCGGUGCAGCAGCUUCAUACCUGCCCACGUUGGACUUCACAAUUUCGGUAGAUCCGGACGCGAUCGGUAUUGAGCUGAUGGAUGCCUCGCAAACGCAACUAACGCAACCGUCGCCGAGGUUAGAGGCAGAUACAGAGCCGGAGGCAGCAACGGCAGCCAGGGCGGGUGGAACGGCAGGAAGCAUGGUGACGCCGCAUGGCGCCUCCGCCACCGCCGGCGCCGCCACAGCGCCGGCGGGAAUGGCGAUGCAGCUGAAGCAUCCUAAAGCUUUUCAGCCGCUGGCACCGCCUGCCGUGGCCGUGACGGCUGCAACGGAGGAGCACGUGCUGACUCCCAGGUGCCACUCGAUGGACAUCACCCACUGGCACAGACAUCGCCUGGCUCGGCGCGACGCCUCCGGCCUUGCAAGCGGCGGCGGCCACGACGGCAGCAUGUCGGGCAUGCAGCAGCUACCGGCCCGGGCAGGUGUGCAGGCAUCGGGACGAGGAGGAGCGGGCGGUGCCAUGGCGGUGACACCUGUCUCCGUGGACUUGCCAAUGCCGCCCCGGUUUACGGGGCCGGGCACAGGAGGGAGCCAGGAGGAUUGGGAACAGGAGGUGCGCAUGUACCGGGCGGGGCGGCGCCGUUGCAGCACCGAGUAUCACUGCCUGUCAAUGGCUCCCGGCUACGGUGGCGGCGGCUCCUCUGAUGAGGACCCGCUGCAGAUGUCCGCGUGGCGAGCAGCCAUCAAGAUCAGCCAGUCGCGUCGCAACCUUGCGACUAGCCGAACGCCCGCCCCGGCGCAAAGCCCUUUCUUGAUGGGAGCCGCUUUGGACAUCGAUCCCUUCCACCGCUCCGGCGUGCGUCGUCUCGUCAGCCGCCGGCUCAGCACUACGGCCCAGCACGCCACCACAAACAGCGGCAUCUCAAUGCCGUACGGUUCAGCAGAAGUAGACCUAUCUGGCUACGCCGGCGGUAGCACCGGUGCACCUGCUGCCAGCAGCAGCGUGCAGCGCCUGCAUCCCUAUCGUACGGUGAUAACGCGUACGAGCAUGGAAGCGGCAAUCACGUUGGCGGCGUCGGCGCAGCGUUGCCAGGUCAACCGCUCGUUCACCGGCGGAGGUACGAGGCUGCCGCCGCCACUGGGCGCACCUGGUGUCGCCGAUGGUGGCGGCUUUGCCGGCUUGUCGCGACGGCAUGCACCCUUCCGCAGCCAUCUGGGUUAUACGAAAGGACCCACCCAAGCCACGGGAGGUAUUGCACCGCCUCUAGCGGUAGCCCGGCCCUCUACGGACCACCAGAGGUUCAGCGGAGUAUCAAUCAGCGGCUUCUUUUGCGACGGCGACGGCGGCGACGGCGGAUUGAUAACAGCAACUACCGGCGUGAUGGCGGCGGCGACGUCGGUCAGCGGGGCGUCGCAGCGUCCUUCAGCCGACACAGCCGCCGUCGCGACGGCAGCGACGUCGAGGCGGCAGGAAGGCGGCACGACGUCGAGCGUAUUGGUGUCGUACGGAACCUCCUCUCAGGAGUCUGAAAGGCCGGGCGUCUGGGAGCCGCUGGUGCGGGGAGUGAGGAUUCCGACCGGCGCUCCGUCGCUGGCGGCGGCGGCGGCAGUGCAGGACGAGGACGAGUGCUGGGCGGAAGACCGAGGGUUGCUGCCGCGUGCGGAAGCACGGCACCAGGCCCUUGAUGCCGCUACGGCUGCUGCGGAUGAAGUGGCUGCGCCCUCUGCUGCUGAUGGCGGCGAUGGUGGGGGCGGUUGGGGCCGUCGUGGACAGGACCCCAUGCUGGACGCAUCCGCGGUGCAGCUGAGGGCGGACGUUCUCCCGGAUUCCGAGGAGCUGGCGAAGGAGCCUGCUGGCGGCGGCGGCGGCUGCCCCGCAGCCGAAGCAGACGCUGUCACCGGAGCGGCGGCGGCGCACAUGGAUACGGCAGCUGCCCUGAUCCCCUCCGGCUUCGAGGGUGGCGGAGGCGGCGCCGGGGGACAGACACUGGAUCCGCGCAUCGUACGGCUGCUUGACGUCGGCGGCUCGCCAGCAUUAGCCCCCGCAACGUCGCAGUCGCCGACGACGAAGGGGCCGUCGCCGCCGCCACCGCCGCCACGCCACCCCCAGCCUCAACCUCCACCCCCGCAGCCCCAUGGUAACACCUCUGCAGCGGAGGGGCUCCCGCACAACUGCCAUCACCAGCAGCCCCAGCGACUGCCGCAGCCGCUGUUGUCGCCGUCGCCACCUCAACCACCACCUCCAAAGCCUGCUUGCUGUUCUGGUCGCUGUCGCUGCAGCAGCCUCAUGCUAACGACCCAUGGGUCGCUCGCGCGGGUUCGUGAAGAGGGCCAUGAUGAGGAAUCUCUCGAGGCAUCCGGGCAGCUGUUCAGCAUCGGCAGUGGAAGCGGGGAACCCGGCAUGGGCGGUGUCGAUCGCUUGCCCAGCCCUGGCAUCCCUGGCGGCGUUGGCAGUGCCGGUGGCGGCGUUUGCGGUGGUGGCGGAUGUUGUGGUUGCACCUCCCCCGCUGCUGCUGGCCUGUGUGAUGUGGACGAGCGGUGUCUUAAAUGGCACGAGGUGACUGGGGCGCCGUUCGUGGACCCGAUCACAGGACAGAGGAUGCUGCUGCUUGUGCAGACCGACGUCACCGCCCGAGUGGAGGCCGAACGCAGGCUGGUGGAGCUCACGGCGGCUCAGACGGGCAUGUUGGAGAAGAUGUUUCCGCGGCAUGUGUUGGAGUUUGUGGUGCAGCAGGGGGAGGCGGUGGGUGCGGUGGAUUUUAGCGCGCAUGUGGGCGAGUUUGCGACCGCACACGACAUGGCCACCGUGCUGUUUACAGAGAUCGUCGGAUUCACGGCCAUGAGCAAGCUGGUCCCCGCCGCCGCCGUCAUGUCCUUCCUCAGCGAGCUCUACUCCCGGCUGGAUGCCCUGGUGGACUCGUACGGCGUGUGGAAGGUGGAGACGGCGGGCGAUUGCUACAUCGUGGCAGCGGGGGUCGUGCAAGCCGACCAGGAUGGGUUCCAUUCCGUGGUAACCGCCACCACCGCCACCCCCGCCACCGCCGCUGGCACUGUUACUGCUGCUGCUCCCUACGACAGCCACUGCAGAGCGCCGACAGCGGGAGCUUGUAGCUAUAAUAACGGCGGCAGCACGUACGGUGGCACGUACGGCGGCGGCAGCUGGGGUGGUGGGCCGGGAAUGGCUGACAGCGUCGGCGGCGGCGGCGAAGUUGAAUGCGGCGGGGGCAGGAGCAGUCGAAGUACGGGGUCGCUUCCAGGGGCAUGGGGCUACUCCUGGGCUGGUUCCUCCACCGUCGGAGCGGCCCCAGCGGCAGCACCAGCGGCUGCUGCGGUGGAGAGUCCAGGCACGAACACGGCUGCUGCAUGUCCCGCACCUGUCGCACCAUGUGUCGCGCCAACAAGCUCGGAGACCGCAGCACCACGUGUGCAGCCGGUGGUGGCGGCCGCAACCCCGGUGGUGCCAGCCACGCAUGCUCUGCACGGAAGUGUGCAGGCAGCAUCCACUGCUCCGCAGCUGCACGGUGGGCGCACGGUGGGACCGCCUCCAGGGGUGUCGCAGUCCCAUUGCCGCAUGGGGCUCCUACAGCAGCAGCAGCAGCAGGGCCCAUGCGGCUCCGUGUUGCGAGGUAACAAGCCCUGCAUGUCGCCGCUCCGGCAGCCUCAGUCGCAGCCACGUUCCCGCUCGCAGCCUCAGGCGGGCCCCGACCCGCAGCAGCACCCGCAGCAGCGGCGCUUUUCUGUUGCUGCGGACGAGCCAACAGCAGCAGCAACAGCCCCAGCAAUAUCGGCACCGGAACUACCGGCGUCACCUGCGUUACCAGCAGCCGCCGCAGCCCAAGCGUUGCCGCCACCGGUAGCGCUUGCACCAGCAGCAGCACCACCACCAGAAGCAGCAGCAGCAGCAGCAAGUCCAUCAGCAACAGUAGUACCAACAGCCAUUCCGACGGACGCAGCGCCAGCAGUGCUAUCCGCUGAUGCGCAUGCCGCCACCGCCGCCACCGUCACUGCAACAACAGCAGCAGCUGCAGCUGCUGCGACAGCGCCAGCGUCAACUCGGUCGCCCCGGUCACGGCCCCCUGACCCAGUUCUUGAUGCUGAGGCGGUGUUUGGGUUCGCGGUUGCCAUCCUGGAGGCGGCUCGCGGGGUACGCAUGCCGCACAACGGGGAGCCCGUGCAGCUGCGAGUGGGCAUCCACAGCGGCCCGCUGGUGAGCGGUGUCAUCGGCACCAAGAUGCCCAAGUUCGCACUGUUCGGCGACACCAUGAACACGGCCAGCCGCAUGGAGAGCACCUGCCAGCCGGGCCUCAUCCAGGUGUCGGCUGCCACCCGUGCGCUGCUGCCGCACCUGCCGCUGCAUCCCACAGGAGGGGUGCACGUCAAGGGCAAGGGUGUUAUGGAGACGUACAUUUACCGCCCUUCCUUUCCAGCGGCAGCGGCGACGGCACCUGCGGACGGUAGCCAGGGUGCCGCGCUGGAGGCUUCAGCAGCCGCUGCCGCCACAGCCGCCGCUGCGCAACCAUCGCCUUCCAUUGCCGGUGCCAGCGCCGCCACUGCUGCCGCGGCUGCGGCCCCAUCACCGGCUGCGGCUGGGUCGGCAGCGUCCGGAGCUGCGGGCUCUCAUCGUGUCCUUGUGGGGUCGGUGCUUCCGGCGGCGGCGGGGGCAGCGACCGAAGCUGUCCGAGUGGUGGCAGUGGAUGCGAGCGAGGGGCCAACCGUAGGUGUCGUGUUAGGUGAAGAAACGUAAGCAAAACGGAUGGGAUGCAUUAAGAAUCAAUGUGCAUCUGAAGAGCUGACCAGGUGGGUCAAUGGAUGCGGUUGCAUGGGACAUGGUAUGAUGCACAUGGUAUGUUGCGGCAUUCCGCCAAUAAUUGCUGGCAGAGCAAUUUGUUUGAUUCCCCCGCGUGCGAGAAACAGCAACGAGCUCCUAGUUCCUGCUUCUCGUAAGCAUUUAUCUUAUGCAGCGCCCAAAGCGUCGCAGGCAUAGUGAUUCUGGUGCCCGCGUUUUAGCCUGGGCAGUACACCCGCACUAGGCUGGGGUGUGGCAGGGUGUACGGCAGUGAAUGAGAGGAUUGUGAGGGAACGGUACGACUCUUUUUAUACUAGCAAUAUUCUUACCAGCAAUUCUUAAACUUACAAUAAAGGCAGAAGGCCAAAGAGAACAAUAAUUUACUUUGAGCCGCAACCAGUUAAGGGUAAAACGCGUUCUGUGGGACGGUGCGGUUGUCACUACGCCUUUCAUGGUGGCGGUUGGGGGUUGUGGCUGGUUGUGCUGGAUGGAUGGGCACUGGGUGUUAGAAGGCGUAGCAACCUACAAUCCCUUCGUUAACAACAGAAAUUUAUCAAGCGUGUCAUAAUUCCUUGAGCCAAUUGAGCUGACAGUUCGAAUUUCCUUGUUUGUUGGGGUUGGGGACCAUCCAACCUCAGGUUGGGGUGGGGACAUCAGGGUAGGGUGAGAGUCGUUCGGUUAAGUUGUCAGGUGACGGGGGAGUUUGCAGCAGGGAUGGGAUGGGAUGGGGCGCAUAAACCACUGUUAGCUGCUUUAUGAUUACCCCACUACUGGUUGCUGUAUUGCAAAGUUCCUUAUUGUAGUUGGCAGGUAUACCAUUGUAAGGCUACCUGGUGGCGAACAGUCCAGGAGACCCGAGUGGUGCAUUUUCCCCCUAACUUCCCUUGCAUGCAGUUGUCUCUCAGCACAUGCGCCUACCAUGUCGCCGCAUCCAGUGAUAAGACUUUCCGGAUUAUGCAUUGCCUCAUUUGUUUGUUCUGGAAAGUUAUGUAGCUAGGUUAGGCUCGCUCAGGCAUGACACGCAUUGGCGUUUGCGCUGAGCAUGGUUAGGCAGAGCGAGCACCUCCGGUGCCCCCGGGUGUGUACUGCAGAGCUGCAUACUGCUGCAAUUUCGCAUAAGCUUUGGUUACAGGAAGGUUGGUCAAGCAACUUGUGAGGUUUAUGUUACUUAGGUUCUUAUGUAGCUUGAAGGUUAGCUCGCCCCUCUAUGGGUUUUGUAGAAUGUUUCACAGAUUGCGUAACGGUUACUUUCCCGCCUCAUGUGCGGCAGCUGCUUCGCUACACAACCUACACUUGGCACAACACACAACACACCUUGGGCGUUGAGUUGGGUUGAAGUGCAGAGUGCACCGCUGGUGAGGUGC